AGCAGUAAGAGUUGAAAAGCCUCCCCUGCUCAGAUGUUAUGACUUCAUUGUUUUGCUGUGGGAGAAGAGGCUCCACGCUCCCCUGUUGCUCCCGGAGCUCAGCCCAGCCCAGCCGUUGCGUUGCUUUCCUGUUCCGAAGAGGAAGUGAGAAAUUCCCUCCACAUGUGCUCUGGCACUUGGAUACUCAGGUUUCACUCCCGAUCCAGGAGCUGCCUGUAAUGAGCUCUCAGUGGGGCUCGGAGAGGAGCUUCCAGCUGUGCCAAGAGUUGUUUCAUUUUGUGCCAAAGGAGGAGGUGGAGAAGAAAUCCUGCAAAAAGCUAAGAUGUUGAUGGUGCAAAAAUUGGUCUAAGGGUAUCAUAACUGGGAAAAGCAAAAGAAAAGCAGAAGCAGAGGAAGGCACAAGGAAACAGGAUGGGAAACUUUUGCCAGAAGCACUGUGCCUGUUUGGAGCCCUACAUCCCGUGCUUAUUCUCGGGGAGAGAUGGUGAGCAGGAUGAGAAAGUCGGCCAAGUCUUCGCCAACCUUGCUGUGGUAAGGCAUGACUUCCAAACAGGACAGAAAGACAGAGACAGUAAGAUAAAAGAGAAACCUUUACCUCCACUGCCUGGCCAGCAUCUGGUGAAUAUUUGCAGAUUUGUGGCACUCUUCGACUACGAGGCUCGCACUGAGGAGGACUUGAGCUUCCGAGCCGGGGAUAAGCUUGAAGUGCUGAAUGCGUCCCACGAGGGCUGGUGGUACGCUAGGCUCCUCCUGCCAACAGGGUCAGUCUGUCCUGGCCGCAAGCUCCAGGGCUACAUCCCCGCCAACUACAUAGCUGCUGACCAGAGCAUCGAAGCUGAGCCAUGGUUUUUUGGCCCAACCAAACGAGCAGAUGCCGAGAGACAACUGUCAUACCCUGGAAACCAGGCAGGAGCCUUCCUAAUUCGAGAAAGCGAAAGUCUAAAAGGCGAAUACUCACUUUCAGUUUUUGAUGGUGUAUCUGUGAAGCACUACAGGAUCAGAAAGUUGGAUGAAGGAGGCUUUUUCCUAAGCAGAAGGAAAACUUUCAAAACUCUGAAUGAGUUUGUUGACUAUUACAGUAAGAACAGUGAUGGCCUCUGCGUGGUGCUCGGAAAGCCAUGCCUAAAGGUACAAAUUCCUACUACUUUUGAUUUGUCAUAUAAAACUGUCGAUCAGUGGGAAAUAAACCGACAAUCUCUGAAAUUGUUGAAAAAAUUAGGAUCUGGUCAGUUUGGUGAGGUAUGGGAAGGACUGUGGAAUAAUACCACCCCCGUGGCAAUCAAAACAUUAAAACCAGGUUCAAUGGAUCCAAAGGACUUUCUGAGGGAAGCACAAAUAAUGAAGAACUUGAGACAUCCAAAGCUUAUACAGCUUUAUGCUGUCUGUACUUUGGAGGACCCAAUUUAUAUUAUUACUGAGCUGAUGCGAUAUGGAAGUCUUCUAGAAUACCUUCAAAAAGAUGCAGGCUCACAAAUCUUCCUGCCACAUCAAGUAGACAUGGCUGCUCAGGUGGCUUCCGGGAUGGCUUACCUUGAAUCUCAGAACUAUAUUCAUCGGGAUCUGGCAGCCAGGAAUGUUCUUGUUGGUGAACACGGUGUUUACAAAGUGGCAGACUUUGGACUUGCAAGAGUUUUUAAGGUAGAAAAUGAAAACGUAUAUGAAGCUAGGCCUGAAACAAAACUCCCAGUGAAAUGGACAGCCCCGGAGGCAAUCCGCUACAACAAAUUCAGCGUUAAGUCAGAUGUCUGGUCAUUUGGAAUACUUCUGUUUGAAAUAAUCACCUAUGGGAAGAUGCCUUAUGCUGGUAUGCCAGGACACCAGGUGAUCCAGUUGCUGGACACGGGGUACAGACUUCCUCAGCCGGAGACCUGCCCGGCGCCGUUCUACCAGCUGAUGCUGCAGUGCUGGAGCGCGGAGGCGGGCGGGCGGCCCACCUUCAAGGCCCUCUGCGGGCAGCUGGAGUGCUACUUCGAGACCAACUCCUCUUCCUACGCCCACGCCCAGGCCGUGGUGAAAUGAACCCCCGGCGGGGGCUGAGGGACAGACGCCAGCGAACACGGCUGAAGCGGGGGGGCUGUGAAAUGAGUCUAACCUCAGACGUGGAGGUUAUUAAGGGAUGCUGAGGAAUUGUGGUACGUUUUCAUGCCCGCGCUGAUCCUCAAAGGCACUUAAAAUUUUUGCUGCUGGCAAGUGUUUUGCAAGACUAAGCAUCAGGAAGCUGGAAUGGUGGGGGCUUCUGAAAAAUAAAAGGUCAUCUAUUUAUUUUUUAAAUAACAUCGCAAGGAUGAACAAAUGAAAUGAGUGUUGUUCAGUAACUAUUGUAGCAUUUUGUAAUUUCUUUAUUGGAAUAAUUAUUUGCUGUUCCUUAGAUUUUUGAUUCCUACCAGGUUGUUCUCAUGAAGGAAUGUGAUGGCUCUGCACAGCAGGAUCUGUGCUUCCAGAGUCCUC